AUGGCGAGUGUUACAGCCGUCCCCUCAUCAUCAGCGAACGCUCCAUCUCUCAAGGCAGCUGACCUGGUCAUUGAGCUGUCCCAGACCCACAAGGCCAAACCUGACCUGACCAAUCUGGUGUUUGGAACUGUGUUCUCUGACCACAUGUUGACCAUAGAGUGGACCAACGCUGGAGGGUGGCAGAAACCUCCCAUCAAGCCCUUUGGUAACCUGUCUCUCCACUCGGCCUGCUCAGCCAUGCAUUACACUGUGCAGUGUCUGCUGCAGUCACUGAAUGUUCUGUUUGUUCAUAUUUUUGUCCCAUUUCUCCUUUCCUGGCUCAACCUUUCAUUUGUCCUCUCUCCAUCUCCCCCCUCCCUCCUCCAUGCCUUUGACAGGGCAGAGUUGGGAGAGUGUAUCAGGAGGCUGGUACAGGUGGAUCUGGAGUGGGUACCGCAGUCAGACUCUGCCAGUCUCUACAUCCGACCCACCUUCCUGGGUACUGAGCGGCCUCUAGGAGUGACGAAGUCGUCCCAUGCUCUACUUUACGUGAUCCUGAGUCCUGUUGGUUCGUUCUUCAGUACAGGAGCUAAACCUGUCUCUCUCUGGGCCGACUCCAAAUACAUCAGAGCCUGGAGAGGAGGGACAGGAGACUAUAAGAUGGGAGGGAACUAUGGAGCGUCUAUCUACGCCCAGCAUGAAGCAGUGGAUUGUGGGUGCCAGCAGGUCCUCUGGCUGUACGGAGACGACCAUCAAGUCACAGAGGUCGGAACCAUGAAUAUUUUCCUCUUCUGGAAUAAUGAGAAAGGAGAGGAGGAGCUGGCAACGCCCCCUCUGAAUGGAAUAAUCUUACCUGGGAUCACGCGGCAGAGCAUCCUGGAACUCACCAGGAAAUGGGGGGAGUUUAAGGUGUGUGAGCGAUACCUGACCAUGGCAGACCUGCGCUGGGCUCUGAAAGAGGGCCGUGUUAAGGAGAUGUUUGGCUCUGGUACUGCGUGUGUGGUCAGUCCUGUGGGACGCAUACUCUACCAGGGAGAGAACCUACAUAUCCCCUGCCAGGAGGAUUUCCCCCAGCCGGCAUCUAGACUGAUGAAGGAGCUCACAGAUAUACAGGUAAGGUGGUCACAGACAUCAAUUCAACGUCUAUUCCACGUUGGUUCAACGUCAUUUAAUUCAACCAGUGUGUGCCCAGUGAGACACCUGUAACAGAGGUAGAUUGUAUUGUAACUCGCGCUAUCAAAUUGGAUCCUUUUCGGAGGCUAAGACGUUGUCGAGACGGCGGUCAUGUGUGUUUGCGAAGCAGCGGAUCACUCAUUUGAGCCCAGAAAGUGGACAGUGACAGUGAAGGAAGAUAUACUGUUAGGCAAGCACAGUGUCCUCCGUCACGCACGCAACCAAACACGUACGUAUGUAUGCAGGCACGCACAGCAGAUGUGGCCUCUCCCACAGUAAUGGUAACAGCUGGAUGGACGUCAGGGCCUGUCGACUGUCUGACCUAGACUGAUGUCAUCCUCAGCACACAGACUAUUCCAUAGAGAUACAUACUAGAUUCAUCUCGAUUCUGUUUCCUCUGUGUUAGUGUAUCAGGGCCGUUUUGUAUUAGUAAAGUGUAGUGUGUAUUCUGCCCUGUAGCUUGCCACAUAUCUGUAUGUUAUACUCUCCAUCGCCUUGGUUAGGAGCAGUAAAUGGAUACCAUCCCACUCACCCUGCCUGCCUACCGGAAUACCUUUGCUAGUGGGGGUGUUAAACUGAGUGGGGUCAUUCAUUCAGUCUAGAUCUUUCUCAUUAUCUCUCUCUGUCUGUCUGGCCGUCUCUCUGUCACGUCAGUGAGUUUGUGUUCAUCUCUGUCUCAUAUCAUUUCACCCUAUCAGGGCUAGGUCAGGUGAUUAUCGUUUUCCCUCUAAAUCUCCUCAUCGCCCCGGCUUUGUGUGAGAGCUUGUGUGUGUCUCCUCUGCCAAACCACUAGUGCUGUGUGUGUAGCUGUGUGUGUGUGUGGAUCUGUGUGUGUGCGUGCGUGCCUGCCUUUGUGUGUAAACCUUAUCUGAGUGUAUGUGUGGCUUCUCUCCUCCCUGUAGCUCAUUGUGGCGCUGGCACACACCCAGACAGAGGAGAUAGGAGGAGGUUCAUGUAGUAAUGGCUGGGCAGGGAUGGGAGAUAGAGCAGUCACACAGUCCUGAAAGCUCUCAUUAAGAUGCCUGCUGUAAUUACACAAACCUAAUUAUUGUCUCAGCCUUUGUGAUCAAAGCCAAGAUGCCGCAAAGGACGAUGCUUGACAGAGAGAGAGAGAGAGAGAGAGAGAGAGAGAGAGAGAGAGAGAGAGAGAGAGAGAGAGAGAGAGAGAGAGAGCCUAAUGAACAAUAACGUCGACAAAUUGCAAAAAAAACUCCAGCCUGAUGUUAAAUCUGUUGACACUUAAUUUGGAUGAGAAACAGAAUGGCGUCCGCCUCCCCAAGAAGAAGACAUUGGGCACAAACAAACGCGUUGUCUAAGAUGAGGGGAGCGAGGGAUGAGAAGAGGGAUGAAAGAUGGGUUUACUAACACGGUCCUCCGUUUCUCUUUCAUGUUAAUUAGAAAUUGCAUUUCUUUUGUUUCUCUUCGCGGGUGCUUAUUUAUUUUCACGACUCUGUCCAUUACAACUAAUUUGCAACAUGAGACGUAAAUAAUUGGAUUUGUCUCCGCGGUUGUCGCAGUUCAGGAACAUUCUGUUUUGAUUUGGUCGUUGUUUUGUGUGUGGCUGAGUUCGCAAGAUUUCUUGGGAUAUUUGUUAUUUUUUGUUUUGUGUUUUCGGUUGCGCCAUUCACUGUGUUGUAGGCAAGGAGUUAAAACAGUUUGUGACUGCUACUGUAAUUGUUGGCCUGUGCUUUUAUGCCUGUUUGACCCCAGUUUAACCUUUGACCUUCUGAUGAUCUUUUCUCUCAUUGGUCACAGUACGGCCGGACCCAGAGUGACUGGUCUGUCCUCGUGUAACCAAGACACAGAUGCACGCACGCACGCACGCACACACACACACACACACACCAAAUAACCAGCCGGCAGUGUAACCUCUAUAUCAGUAAAAUCUUGUGUGUGGGUAAGCUCUUUUAAAUGUGCAAUAGUCUUACUCAGAUUGCAGUAUACUGGAUGUUCAGGUUGAAAUCCCAUAGGGUGAGUAGCAAUAUUAUUCCACUCUAACUCUGCUCAAAAUGUGCACGACCUCCACGUUGACACACCCUGCCCUGCGCAGAACUGACGCUCAGACGGCGCAGAUCCCAAUAGUCUGCCCUGGUGUGGCAGCACUGCUAAAGUGUUCACUCUAAAAUAUUACCAGCAGGAGACUUAGAGGAGUAACGUUAGCAAUGAGCAGCAACUAAUGUUAAACCACUUUGACUCAAUAGACCUUUAAAGGGGUCAUGUUAUAUAGACAAGAGGUUAUGUAUUUCAGUACCGUUACAUGCAAGUGUGCGUUUGAACCGUGCCAUGCAAAAAAAACGUUCUUUUUUAAAUAUGGUAUUUCUAUUUUGAAUAGAGCAUUUUAGAAUUUUUGUAUUGAACAAAUAUAACCGUUUUAAAGUGAGCUUAAAUGGCGGACCAAGUUUCUCAAGGAGAAGCACUUUAGCACUGCUAAAAGAGAACGAUGAAUGAAUUCAAAGAGGGCACUGGAAAUAAGCCCUGAUAUAUCGGAGGGAGAGAGUUCCCUGACGUCUGAAGGUUGGAACCGAGAGCGGUGGAAUGAUACACAAACCACUGCUAUCAAAGAAAGCACAAGGCCAAGUAGCUCUACAAGCAGUAAUAUCAUUCCACGCCAGUUGCUGUGCACGAGUGUGUGGUGCUUAAUGUCAAAAUGUAUGUUAUAUCUACGAUCUGUUGAUGGUGACGUCUAAUCAAACAUAAUACUGGUCAUUUGUGUGCUGAUGUAUCUUGGACUGUCUGUCAUUUACUGUAGACCUGUAAUGCCUUGAUUUACAGAUAUCUCUCUAUCUGUACCUAGAAAGUCAAGCACAAGAUCUGUUUUAUGUCAAGUUCUAUAUAUGCUUAGAUGGAAGAGAUGUAUUUAUGUCGUCGACGCAAUGCGUCAAGUGAUACAAUAUACAAUAUUUUGCCUAUUCUGUUGAUCCAAAUAAUAAACACGCACCAAAACGUUUGUGUCUACUGCAUUAUGUUCAGUACAGUGUGUGUGUGUGUGUGUUUGUGAGUGUGUACCCUUGUGUGUGUGGUUCCCCAAGGCAGGGCCCAUGGUUCCUGGCUGAGUUGCCUCCCAGUGAAAAUCGGGCUGUUUGG